AUGCGACCAAACAUCAAGAAGGUUAAAGGGAUGGUAAACGCCAAUUUACGCUCAACCGGGAAAUUCAUCCUCAAAUUUAGUGGAAAAGGAUCACUUGUCGACCAAAUGAUGAAAAUGAUGGAGGAGUACACGAGCAAUCUCGAAAACAUGGUACGGGAUCGUACGGCGCUUCUUGAAGAGGCGCAGAAGCAAGCCGAUCGGUUACUGAACAGCAUGCUGCCCAAGUGA